AAACUUUUUAUUUUCCUAUUUACAAGUCUUCCGAUAUUUUCAGCGACUAAGAAACAAACGGACAAUAGCCCAGAACAGGAGGAUCUCUCAGGGUUUAGGUGAUGGCUUCUAAGCGGAUUCUGAAGGAGCUCAAGGAUCUCCAGAAAGAUCCUCCUACCUCUUGCAGCGCAGGCCCUGUUGCGGAAGACAUGUUUCAUUGGCAAGCAACUAUAAUGGGUCCUCCUGACAGUCCAUAUGCUGGUGGAGUGUUUCUAAUCACCAUUCAUUUCCCUCCAGACUAUCCAUUUAAACCACCUAAGAUUGCAUUCAGGACAAAAGUCUUUCAUCCUAAUAUUAACAGCAAUGGUAGCAUUUGCCUUGAUAUUUUGAAGGAGCAGUGGAGCCCUGCCCUAACCAUAUCCAAGGUAUUGCUAUCAAUCUGCUCACUGUUGACGGAUCCUAAUCCUGAUGACCCAUUGGUGCCGGAGAUUGCCCACAUGUACAAGACCGACAAGAGCAAGUAUGAGACAACUGCUCGGAGCUGGACCCAGAAGUAUGCUAUGGGUUAAUAUGGUACAAUGCGUGAUAUCACUUCUUUAUUUAGUGGACUAAGCCGUGCUUGUUUGUAUGGAAAUUAUGUUUGAAACUUGAAAAGCCCCCUACACUUUUUCAAUCUACCAUACUUGGAUUUU